ACCAACUUUCACGCUCUCGUGUGCUCUCGUGCUCUGUCCAGCCUCCUAAUCGCUCUCCCCCCUUACUGCUAGUCGGCAAUUCACUCUUUGGACAGACUCCCUCGUCCUCGAGACUUUUUACCACCGCCUGUCAUCGGUCGUAGCGGACCGUUGUCAUCUCAUCCCAAUCCAGGAAGCUCUCUGGCAGCGCGUAUUUCUGUAGAAACAUGAUGAACAGAUCUGUUGAAUCGAGUCUCCCACAACCUGCUCUCCAGGCGUCGCAGGCGGCCCUCAACUCAGCAAUGGCAGACAAUCAGAUAAAGGAGAAUGGAAGUGAGGAAGGGAAGAAGGAGAACGGCGCGGCGGAUCUCGAGCCCGGAGAGAUCCAGGAGGUAGAUAUGCAGGCUCAGGCGGAUAACAUCCGCACGGUUUUCGAUGACCCAAAGAACUUCAACGUCAAGCAUCCUCUGUACUCUCCAUGGACCCUCUGGUUCGACUCGCCCUCUACCAAAGGCCGAAAUCUCCCACAAACUCCGAUGUCAUCCUUCCCUCAAACGCCGCUUCCCCAGACACCCGGUGUCGCAGCAGCGGCACAGGGGUGGAUGGAGGACAUCAAGCGUGUGAUCAGUUUCGAUAGCGUGGAGGAAUUUUGGGGGCUUUACAACAAUAUCGUACCACCGUCCAUGCUUCCGCAAAGAGCGAAUUACUAUUUGUUCAAGGACGGAAUCAUUCCCGCAUGGGAGGAUGAAGCCAACAAAAGCGGAGGCAAGUGGAGCAUACAGUUUCCUAGAGACAAAAAUAGAAGCAACGUUGACAAAAUGUGGCUGAACACGAUGCUGGCCGCUAUCGGCGAAACGUUCGACCCGCUGACCAACGAGUCGUCUGAGUCUCCUCAGUCGCUGAUCACAGGCGUCAUCGUUUCUACGCGGCCGCAAUUCUACCGAAUAUCGAUUUGGACGCGGUUGGCACCAACAGGGUCAGGCGGGGAGGACGACAAGUUGCGAGAGAGGGUCGAGGCGGUCGGGCGGCAUUUCAAAGUGACAGUGCUGGGAUACGAGGAGUCGCAAAAGCUGGCGGGUGGACUCGCGACCGAGGUCGAGUUCCAGUCGCACAAAGACUCUGAGAAGAAGGGGAAGACGGCGAAGAAGAUUGUUGUUUAGUUCGAGGAGCAGUGGUGGCGG